AUGAGGAACGAACGGGAGCAAGUUUACGUGCAUCCUCUCGACAAGAGCUCGACUUUUUUUUUACUAAGCCCAAAAAGCCUUGAAAUGUGUACCGAGAGCUUAGGAAGCGAAACGGGAAGCGACUUUUAUUCAAAAGAGAGUUUUGUCACGAAUAAGCUGGCAAGAAAAACGCGAGAAUCAAGCAAGAAGACCGAUUUUCCACCUCCAUUGACAAUUAUGAAUGGGAACAAUAAUAAAGGUGUGAAAAUGGUGAGUCAUCGUGAGGGCGGCCGGCUGGUGAUCGAGGCCUUCGUAUUUUCCUCGAAGUGGAGUCGUUUUAAAACCGAGCGCGAAAACGGGAGGCUUAGGCUUUGUUUGGUAAAGGUGAAUGAAGGAGUUGAAGUUGAGAAGGAUCGUUUAUGGAGAUGCAAUGGAAAUGACUGUGAGAGUAAGAGAUUUCCUAGUUUGCCAUUUUGUGUGGCUAUUUCUUGA